CAUUUCUCGAGACGGGAAAUUUCCAGAAAUCACGGGGCGAUAACAUAAACAAGGAUAUUGCUGGAAUUAGACAGAACCUAGUUGCGCAAAGAUAGCUGUUGGAACACUACAGAGCUUUCAAAAUGGUGAAGGAAACAAAAUUCUACGAUGUAUUGGGAGUGAAACCCAAUGCGACAGCGGACGAAAUCAAAAGAGCUUAUAGAAAACUCGCCCUCAAAUAUCAUCCAGAUAAAAAUCCCACAGAAGGAGAGAAGUUCAAACAAAUCAGUUUAGCAUAUGAAGUGCUGUCAGAUGCGAAGAAACGCGAGGUAUACGACCGCGGUGGUGAAGAAGCUAUCAAAGGUGGUGGAGGGGGCGAUUUUGAGAUGCACAAUCCUAUGGACAUUUUCAACAUGUUUUUUGGCGGUGGUAGCCGAAGGGAAGGCAAACGGAAAAUGAAAGACAUUGUGCAUCAGUUAGAAGUGAAAUUAGAGGAACUGUACAAUGGUGCCACGAGAAAAUUGGCAGUGAAUCGAACAAUCAUCUGUGACAAAUGUGAAGGCCGAGGGGGGAAAGAGGGUGCUGUUGAACAGUGCUCAACAUGUAACGGUCGGGGUGUGCAGGUGAGGAUAAGCCAGCCUGGCCCGGGGAUGGUGCAGCAGAUACAGUCUGUGUGCCAUGACUGUCAGGGUAAUGGGGAACGCAUCACUAAAUACAGGUGUAAAACCUGCCAGGGGAGGAAAACAGUCAAGGAUAGGAAGGUGGUAGAGGUGCAUAUAGACAAAGGUAUGAGGGAUGGCCAGCAAAUUAGGUUUAGUGACAUGGGAGAUCAGGAGCCAGGUGUAGAGCCCAGUGACAUCAUCAUUGUCCUGGAUGAACAGGAGCAUCCGGUGUUCAAGCGUCGGGGGAAGGAUUUGAUCAUGAACAUGGAGAUUCAGCUGGUGGAGGCACUGUGCGGAUUUCAGAAGUCUAUAGAGACUUUGGAUAAAAGACAGUUGAUCAUCACAGCCGUAAAAGGGGAGGUAAUUCGACCAAAUGCUCUGAAGUAUAUUGAAGGCGAAGGAAUGCCGGUGUACAAAGAUCCUUUCAACAAAGGACGGCUCAUUAUUUCAUUCCAAGUGAAGUUCCCCAAGACAUUUCCUGUGGAGAAGAUUCCCAAGUUGGAAGCUAUUCUCCCGAAACGCGAGGAGAAUAUUAUUCCAGACGUAGCAGAAGAAUGCGUUCUGGUGGACUAUGACCCUUCUAUGGAUCGCGAUCGUCAUCGGCAAGAAGCCUACGAUUCGGACGAUGAUGGACCAUAUGGAGGUCAAAGAGUACAGUGUCAAUCUCAUUAACAUAGGUCAAGGUCAUCUAAAGUUUGGUUAUCAGUCUACGUUGUAGACGUUAAAAUGUCUUACAGAAUGAACUGUGCUGGUGAGUGUGCGAGAGUUUAACCACCCCUGUUCUGAAAAUGGAACGGUCCAGUUUAAAUCAUACAUGUGUGUAUAUGGCGGUCAUAGAUACACCCAUUGUGCAGACGAAAAGUGCCAUGGGAAGUUCUUAGCAAAUGAGUUGUUGAAAAAUAUUUUCAGCAGGGUCUUGCAUGUUUGUUGCAGAAAUAAAAUUCAAGUGCAAAAUAAGAAGCAGUAAAGAUGAAGAUUUAUUAUUAUAAUGUAGCUACUGUGAUGAGUAGACUGGCUUUCAGUCGCAGGUUCCAUUUUGUGGAUGUUGCUCUAAAAGAACACAAAUGUAAAUUGAAAUGAUAUCUAGGUACAUGUAGUCCAGAGUUAAUUAAUUUUUGUUAAAUGAAAAGCAUUUGUAGGCGCAAUAUCUGUAUGAUGUGUUGCUAUCAAGUACAUGUUAUUUAACAAAAAUAUAUUUCAUGUUCAGAAAAUUUGAGAGAAUGUUUUCUGUUGAUCUCUCAACAUAAUUACUACAUUAAAAUUGUUUGGCUGUACAGUACUUGUAGUCCAUAUUAAAAGGAUAACAUUAUGUUGUAAAAUCGCUGUAAGAUUGAAAUUGCCCACCGACAGCAACAUGUCUUCAGAUGUACCAUUGUAACCAGUUGGUAUCAGCUGUAACUAUCUUGGCAACAUGUGGCUUUUGACAGUUGAACCUGCACAUUAUGCUGUUGUUUUCUCAAAGCAGUUGAAGACUAUAUCAGUUGUAACUACAUUAAUUGUAACUACCAUGGAAACAUGUCUUUCUGUAAUUAAAUGCUCAAAAUAUGAUACUCUUCCUCAAAGCAGUCGGGGCUAAAUUAAUUGUAACUACUUUGGCAACAUAUGGCUUUUGUCAAUAAAGCCUGUAGGCUAUGCCCUUGUUUCACAUUGGACUUUUAGACUAAAUCAGUUGUAACUACCUUGGCAACAUAUGGCUUUUGUCAAUAAAGCCUGUAGGCUAUGCCCUUGUUUCACAUUGGACUUUUAGACUAAAUCAGUUGUAACUACCUUGGCAACAUAUGGCUUUUGUCAAUAAAGUCUGUAGGCUAUGCCCUUGUUUCACAUUGGACUUUUAGACUAAAUCAUUUAUAACUACCUUUGCAACAUACGGCUUUUGACAGUUCAAUCUUCUACAGACUAUGUCAUCAUAUGAGUGAAAAGUGGUUAACUACCACAUCAAGCCCCAAACAUACAUAUAAAGCAGACAAUGCACCUGUUUAACAAAGUGGUUCUAGGCUAAAUUGCUUGUAACUACGUGUACCUUGGCAACAUCUGGCUUUUAUACAUUUUUAUGCAACAGUCAUGUCCCAACAAAGCAGUCACUGCUUAAGUUGAUUGUAACCAUAGUAACAUGGCUACAUAUGCCUUUGGACAAUUAUAUUUCCAGACAGUGGUGGAAAUGUCAUGCUAAGUUGGAGUAGUAUUGUCCGCACAUACUAGCUGUAUGUAAAUAGAUCUUGGUUUUUGACUAUGAUAUUGUUUGUUUUUGGACCAAACUAUGUUUUACAAUCCUUACAAGACUUGGAAAACUUUCUGAUUGUAAACAUACCUUUUGUGAGCCUGUGUAUCAUCUGUCAUGCCUGUUUAUAGAUCUGUUCCCAUCUGGGCAACGUUAUUUUGCAAGGAUACAUUUGCAGAUGUAGAUCUUGGGCUACCUGUCAAAGGGAUCAUAGCUGUUAAGGUGACAAAUUGUGCACAAAUCCUACAACCGUCUACGUUCCAUUUUAAAAAUGAGUUCCAUCAGUUUGUCUAAGCAGCUUUAAGAUGGUUGUACAUUCACAGUUCUAGGCUGUAAUUGAUUGUAAUGACAUUUGGUUUGUACUGUGAGUUUAUCUCGUGUUUGAAAGAAAUGAAAAAUCAGAUUGAUAUUGCAACUGACAAGAGUACAGAUAAAAAAGUAAUUAGUGAUCCUACUGAUUUACAAUCAGUUAUGGCUAACAAUCCCAUUGUGCAUGUGGCGCCAGAAAAAUAAAUGUUUUUAAGUUCAGUUUGGAAAUAUGUAAGCAUUUAAUAAUAAGUACAUAUUGACCAUGUUGACAUUGUAUAUGGAUAGACCUAAGGUGGAACUAUUGUGGAACUAUACCAUAUUGAUGGUGACAUUGUAAAAGGUAGACCUAAGGUGGAACUAUUGUGGAACUAUACCAUAUUGCCUGUGAUACGUACUCUUUACAGCUUAUUUAGUUCACAAACUUCAUUCUUGAGAUUUAUAAAUCUAGAAGAGUUUACCAUUACAGAACUAACUGAGGCUGAUUUCACAAAACCAUUUCUCACUUGUGUCAGAAUUUAGAAUCACUUCACAGAGGUACUGGAAGUUGAUAGUUUGCUACAUUUGUCUCAAGGUGACAUUUUUGAUGAGAUCAACUUUCAAUUUGUAGGACCCAGAAAUAAUCUCUAAAACUGUAUGUUGAAUCUGGACUCGAGUCAUAAAUAGCUUUGUGAAAUUGGCCUCGGAUCUUUUACGUUAGCAGUUUCUCCUCUGACUUUCAGUAUCACAGAUAGUCACACCUUUGUUAUUUUUGUAAGAGCUUGGAUUCCACUCAGACAUACCUUAAUUGCUCUGUUUCACACCUUCAUAGUUUUAUCUUUCAUGCUAGCGUUAAAUAGUUUGGAGACGUACCGUUCAUAAAUGAGAUGUUUUUUCUAUUUUGUUUUUUCUUCCUAUUCCUAACAUUUCUUGCAUUAGACCUCCAUCCAUAGUCAUUCAUAUAUGUAGAUGUAUUGUUUUUUCAAGCAGGGAUUUUUUUCCAGUAUUUUUCCAGUAUUUUUUUUUUCCAGGUAUUCAAUAAAUCACCGAUUGGCUAAGUAUUGUAUAUGUAGUAUUCAGAGUCUUUUAACUGUUCUAUUAAAUAUUACAUUGCGUAUUGAAUUGAUCAUUAUUACAUUGCGCAUUGAAUUGAUUAUUAUUACACGGCGUACUGAUUGAUCAUUAUUUAGGAA